GAAGAAGAAUGAGAAACCAACUUAACAAAAAUAGAGAAAGAAAAAACCUUGAUUUGAUUUUUCUCAUGUUUUUUGAGGGACAUUCUUUCCGUCCAAAAACGAAACUCUCUUGAUCAUCCCUUGUGUUUUGUCCUGGAAUCGUGUUCGGAAAAAUAUUGAGAUUGGACAUUGUUGUAGUUCCUGUAUGCUUGCUCUUCAAACCUCAACACCACCUAUUACUCUCUCUUGUUUGGCUGAAUGCAUAUGGUGGAGUCACCAUUUCAGUUCUUCUGCUUACCAGCUAAGAUAUGGUGUAAAGAAAAUUUAGGAUCUCAUUUUCGUUAAAUAGAGCAAGCAAGAUAACAAGUGCGGUGAAAUUGUAAUGGACCCGUCUAUUGUGAAGCUUCUAGAAGAUGACGAGGAUGAAACAAUGCACUCAGGGGUGGAUGUGGAAGCCUUCCAGGCUGCCUUAAACAGAGAUAUAGGAGGAGAUUUAUCUGCUUCUCAGCUUUCUGGUUCUGACACAGUUUUGUCUCAAGGGAGCAAUAAUACAUCAAGUCAAUCUUUACCACAGUGGCCUACUUCUAGCCAUGACAGCCGAACAGAUAUUCAAAAUCAAGAAUCUAAAACUACACAACAGCAAGAGCAACCUUCAUCUGAGAUGGAGCGGAAGCAACAUGUUUCUUCUCAGGAUGUAAAUAAUCCUCGUUUGUCACAGAAACAAUCUCAAGAUGAAUGUCGUCAAGCACCAGCUGCACAAGUUUGCCCCCCAAAUUCUCACGCUAUUGGAAUUCAGAAUUCCGGAAAAGAUCCUGUCCUUAAUAAUGAGGUAGUCAAAACUCAUAAUCCCAGCAGUGAAUCUCAGUAUGCGAAGUUGCAGCAGAUAAGUAAUCAACAAGCUACAGUCACUGAGCAGCCAAGUAGCCAAAUAAAUCAUAGUAAAGGGGUACACUUUGCCCAGUUGCUACGCAUCUUGACUCCUCAACUUGCCAAAGACAGGGCCAUGCAGCUUGAAACCUUAUUUGAUAAGUUUAAGAAAUAUGAAAUACCAAAAGACAGUUUUGUGCGACUUGUGAAAGGUAUCGUAGGGGACCAGAUGCUUAGAUUAGCAUUGGCAGAAGUGCAAAUGCAAUCACAGACAAGGCCCAAUCCCUUGCCUGCUGGGCAGCGACACCCUGUAAGGAUGCCAACUUUUAGUUCAGGUUCAAGACAAUUGAAUGAUCCCCAUGCUUUAGCGCAGAUGCAUCAGAGAAGUAUGAAUGCUGCUGUUGACCAAUCCCGUAUCACUUCUUUAGCUGGCCAAACCAUGGAGAGCAGUACUAGAAAAUCUCAGGAAUUUGAUGUUAAAAUAGAAUCUCAAGGAUUGCAACCAAGCCAAUUGUCAUCUUCCAGUUCUAAUGUUGUUGGUCAAGAAACAGAAAGAUCAUCAGUUCACAUACAAGGGCUUAAUAAACAACAGCAACAACAUCUACAUUUUUCAUCAGCAUAUGGAAAUAGUAGUGGUAACUAUUACCCUUUUUCUGGGACAACUAGUAUUUCCACUUCAUCUAUGAGACCACAUCUUCAUGAUUCACAUAUGAGUCAAUUUCCACAUCAAAGUAUUGGUUCAAAUCACUUAGGUGGGGCAACGCAGGGUUUGAAUGUAAUUGGUAUGCCAAAACUUGAACAGCAGAAUUCUUUCAAUGAUCUGAAGAGACUGCCGGGUGGAUCUGUGUCUUCUGCUGUUAACAAUACUGCAUCUCAACAAACUACAAAUGCUUGGCAACCAUCAACAAAAAAAGAACAAAAUCUGGGAUUGUUGUCAUCUGGUUCUUAUGUUAAAAAGGAACCUAGUGACUUGUCUACUGAGCAGCAACAUAGGCAUAAUUUGUCUAAACUGCAAGGGAUGGCUUCUGUUAAUUCUCCACAGAUUGAACAGGGUGGUACUAGUCAAGGAACUGUGAAGGAUGAGUUUUCGAGAGGUCUUCCAGCAUCCACAAGCUUGCCACCUACAACAGCUACUGGCUUGCUGCCACACAGUUCUGCUUCCCCUUCUGUAACGACCCAACUAGACCCUAGUGUCUCGCUAUGCUCUCAGAUGUCAUCAAAUGCUUCUGGAAUUGUUGCAAGGACACCUCUUAAAAAGCCUGCUCUUGCCCAAAAGAAACCACUUGAAGCACUUGGUUCCUCACCUCCUCCUCCGAGUAAAAAACAAAAAACAUCUGGAGGAUCUACUGAACAAAGCAUCGAACAGCUUAACGAUGUCACUGCUGUUAGUGGAGUUGAUCUUAGGGAAGAGGAAGAACAUUUAUUUUCAGGUCCCAAAGAAGAAAGUCGUGUGUCAGAAGCUUCUCGAAAAGCUGUGCAAGAAGAGGAGGAAAGGCUGAUUUUGCAGAAAGUUCCAUUGCAAAAAAAAUUGAUUGACAUUAUGGCCAAGUGUGGCUUGAAGGGUAUGAGCAAUGAUGUGGAGCGAUGCUUGUCACUGUGUGUGGAGGAAAGGAUGCGUGGACUGAUAAGUGACCUGAUUAGAAUAUCAAAACAGAGGGUUGAUUUUGAGAAAACAAGACAUCAGACUGUUGUCACCUCAGAUGUUCAACAGCAAAUCAUGACAAUAAAUAGGAAAGUAAGGGAAGAGUGGGAGAAAAAACAGGCUGAAGCAGAGAAGAUUCGGAAACUUAAUGAUGUUGAUGGCAAUGCUGGAGUUGAUGGUGACAAGGAGAAGGAUGAGGGUCGUACUAAAUUGAUCAAGGUGAACAAGGAAGAGGAUGACAAGAUAAGGACAAAUGCUGCAAAUGUUGCUGCCCGUGCUGCUUAUGGGGGAGAUGACAUGCUGUCAAAGUGGCAACUUAUGGCUGAGCAAGCCAAGCAGAAACGGGAAGGGGGGAUGGACAUAUCAUCUGGUUCUCAAACAGAUAAAGAUGUUAACCGCAAAUCUUUACCAACAUCUGGAAGAAGUAUGAAGGAUAAUCAAGAAGGGGAGAAUAAAAACCCAACCAAUUUUGCAACUUCAGUGGCUGCUAGAAAACUUGGGAUAAAUCAUGCCUUUGCACCUCAAACUAGGGUAGCUCGAAGCAUCUCUGUUAAGGAUGUGAUUGCAGUUCUGGAGAGGGAAUUCCAGAUGUCUAAAUCACCACUCAUACAUCGCUUGUAUGAGAAAAUUCAUUCUGGUGCUACAGUUGAAUAAGGUUACACAAAGUAUUGGGUGAUCUUGGUCUUCUAAUUUUUAUAGCUGAGCUUAUUAUCUUACCCUUACCGGCUGAAAUUGAAAUGUUUCCUCAUGUCGGAAAUCGCCAGUUUUGAUAGUUAACCUGUUAAAUUUGAACUUGGAUCCAUUGUAUGAAUUCUUUUUAUAUACUCAUGGCAAUUUUGGAUACUAGUGCAAUU